UUUUAUGCCUACGGACAGAGCAAACUCGCAAACAUACUGUUUACCCGAGAACUGGCCAAAAGGCUCCGCCACUCAAACAUCAACACCUAUUCACUGCAUCCGGGAGUCAUAAACACUAACCUGAGCCGACACGUGGACAACCCUGAGCUCCACGAGGGUAAGGGUCAGACAGACAGGGGUUGGUUUAGGCGUAACAUUUUAAUGACACCAUUGAUGGGCUCUCAGACCACACUCUAUUGCGCUCUCGACGAUGAACUCGCAAAUGAGUCGGGAUAUUAUUAUAACAAUUGUCUUCGCGACGAUUAUAUGAUACCCGAAGCCAAUGACGAUAAGACUGCCAAAAGUCUAUGGGAAUUGAUGUUACGCGAAUAUCUGUCAAACUUUAUGGAUUGGCGCCGACGGGUGACCAGUGCUAAGAAACUUAAUGGACAGGUAGUUGUGGUGACCGGCGGUAACACUGGUAUCGGUAAAGAGACUGCAUAUCAGCUCACCUUAAGAGAGGCUAAGGUAUACAUCGGGUGUCGGGACCAGAAGAGAGGUGAGGCGGCCGUCAAAGACAUCCUAUCAUUGAAUCCAAAGGCAAACAUAAAACUACUUUCGCUGGACUUGUCUUCACUCACAUCUGUCCGCAAAUGUGUGGAAGAGUUGUCGGGUUUGGAGACAAAAGUGGAUAUACUUAUCAAUAACGCCGGAGUCGCCGGUUGUCCGGAGUGGCAGACAGAAGAUGGGUUUGAGAUGCAAUUUGGCACUAAUCAUCUAGGUCAUUUUCUAUUUACGCUUCAUUUAAUACCAUUGCUAAGGAAAGCACCGGCGGGUCGUAUAGUGACCGUUUCAUCUGGUUUACAUAUUUGUAGCCCAAUCCACCUUGAUAAUGUAAACCUACGAAACGGUGCAUAUCAUCCGUUUUUCGCAUACGCUCAGAGCAAACUCGCAAAUGUGUUGUUCAGCCGGGAAUUGGCCAAAAGGCUCCGCCACUCAAACAUCAACACCUAUUCACUGCAUCCGGGAGUCAUUAACACAGAGCUGGACAGACAUAUGGCUGAUGAGACCAAACGGGCCAAAAGGGGUUGGUUUAGACGUAACUUUCGCAUAACACCAUUCCUCGGCUCUCAGACCACACUCUACUGCACUCUCGACGACGAUAUCGCUGAUGAGACCGGAUAUUAUUACGACAACUGUCGUCGUGUGGAUCAUAUGAUACCCGAAGCCAAUGACGACAAGACUGCCAAAAUGACCAGCAGUAAAAACCUUAAUGGACAGGUAGUUGUGGUGACCGGCGGUAACACCGGUAUCGGUAAAGAGACUGCAUAUCAGCUCACAUUAAGAGAUGCAAAGGUAUACAUCGGGUGUCGGGACCAGAAGAGAGGUGAGGCGGCCGUCAAAGACAUCCUAUCAUUGAAUCCAAAGGCAAACAUUUCUCUACUUUCGCUGGACUUGUCUUCACUCACAUCUGUCCGCAAAUGUGUGGAAGAGUUGUCGGGUUUGGAGACAAAAGUCGAUAUACUUAUCAAUAACGCCGGAGUCGCCGGUUGUCCGGAGUGGCAGACAGAAGACGGGAAAGCACCGGCGGGUCGUAUAGUGACCGUAUCAUCAGAUAUACACGAGUUCGGGAAAAUACAUUUGGAAAAUAUAAACCUCCGAAACGGUGCAUAUCAUCCCAUAUUCUCAUACGCUCAGAGCAAACUCGCAAAUGUGUUGUUCAGCCGUGAAUUGGCCAAAAGGCUCCGCCACUCAAACAUCAACACCUAUUCAGUACAUCCGGGAGUCAUAAACACAGAACUGGACCGACAUAUGAAACCCGAUGAGACCAAACGUGAGGGCGUCAGCGGUUGGUUUAGGCGUAACCUUAACCUAACAGUAUUCAUGGGCUCUCAGACCACACUCUACUGCGCUCUCGACGAUGAGAUCGCUGAUGAGACCGGAUAUUAUUACGAAGAUUGUGUUCGUGUGGAUCAUAUGAUACCCGAAGCCAAUGACGACAAGACUGCCAAAAUAACCAGUAGUAAAAACCUAAAUGGACAGGUAGUUGUGGUGACCGGCGGUAACAAAGGUCUUGGAAAAGAGACUGCAUAUCAGCUCACACUUAGAGAUGCAAAGGUAUACAUCGGGUGUCGGGACCAGACGAGAGGUGAGGCGGCCGUCAAAGACAUCCUAUCAUUGAAUCCAAAGGCAAACAUAAAACUACUUUCGCUGGACUUGUCUUCACUCACAUCUGUCCGCAAAUGUGUGGAAGAGUUGUCGGGUUUGGAGACAAAAGUGGAUAUACUUAUCAAUAACGCCUGCGUUAACGCUGGCUAUCCUGAGUGCCAGACGGAGGAUGGGUUUGAGAUUAAGUUUGGGACUAACCACCUUGUUGGCCAAAUCCACCUUGAUAAUGUAAACCUCCGAAAUGGUACAUACCAUCCCUUUUUCGCUUACGCUCAGAGCAAACUCGCAAAUGUGUUGUUCAGCCGUGAAUUGGCCAAAAGGCUCCGCCACUCAAACAUCAACACAUAUUGUUUGGAUCCGGGAGUGGCAGACACUGACCUGAGCCGACACGUGGGCACGUCUGAGGCCCGGGAGUGGUCGGCAUUGACCGAGACGGGUUGGUUUAAGCGGAACUUUUUUACAACACCAUUCCUGGGAUCUCAGACCACACUCUACUGCGCUCUCGACGAUGAUAUCGCUGAUGAAACCGGAUAUUAUUACGACAACUGUCGUCGUGUGGAUCAUAUGAUACCCGAAGCCAAUGACGAUAAGACUGCCAAAAUGACCAGCAGUAAAAACCUUAAUGGACAGGUAGUUGUGGUGACCGGCGCUAACACUGGUAUUGGCAAAGAGACUGCAUAUCAGCUCACACUCAGAGAUGCAAAAGUGUAUAUCUUGUGUCGAGACCAGAAGAAAGGAAAAGCGGCCGUAAAAGACAUUCAAUCAUUGAAUCCAAAGGCAAAUAUAAAACUACUUUCGCUGGACUUGUCUUCACUCAAAUCUGUCCGCAAAUGUGUGGAAGAGUUGUCGGGUUUGGAGACAAAAGUUGAUAUACUUAUCAAUAACGCAGGAGUUAUGGCCUGUCCUGAGUGGCAGACGGAGGAUGGGUUUGAGAUGCAGUUUGGGACUAACCACCUUGGUCAUUUCCUAUUCACUCUGCAUUUGAUACCAUUGCUAAAGAAAGCACCGGCGGGUCGUAUAGUGAAUGUCUCGUCGACUGGACACCAAUUUGGCCAAAUUAACCUACAAAAUAUAAACCUACGAAACGGUGCGUAUCAUAACUUUUUUGCUUACGGACAGAGCAAACUCGCAAAUGUGUUGUUCAGCCGUGAAUUGGCCAAAAGGCUCCGACACUCAAACAUCAAUACCUAUAGCCUAAACCCCGGGGCCAUUGACACUGAUCUGCAAAGACAUGUCGACCCAUCGGCCGCUACGGCUACCGAUAAGAGUUGGUUUAGGCGUAACUUUUUUAUGACACCAUUUAUGGGAUCUCAGACUACACUCUAUUGUGCUCUCGACGAUGAACUCGCAGAUCAGACGGGAUAUUAUUACGACAACUGUCGUCGUGUGGAUCAUAUGAUACCCGAAGCCAAUGACGACAAGACUGCCAAAAGUCUGUGGGAAUUGAGCUGUGAUUUGGUUAAACUCGAGGAACAUUUAAAAAUUUAAUUAUUGCCAAUUAUUUCAAAAAAAACUAUAAUGGAAUUUUUCAAUAAAUAUUAAGAUAUACU